AAAGAGGCUCGAAGGGCCGACCUGGGUGCGACCGACCCUGCGGACCCGACUUUGCGACCAAUCCAGUUUCACGCAUAAAGCCAAAAUGCAAUUGCAAAAAAUAGUAUUUGGGCACCCUACAAAGCCGAAGUCACUCGGUAUUUAAGCAAACCUUAAUUACCGCUCAGUGGAAACAGCCCCUUUGCGUUGGUGGACAGUCCGCUGUUCAGUGAUAAUGCGCUGUGAUGAUAUAAAUGAUAGAACACACGGUGUGACAAAAGGCAUAUUGUUACCCCAACUUGUCCCUUGGGUUUUGGCCCAGGUCUGGGAUCGCGGGCUUCGUCACCACCCGGCUCCGAAUCGAGCCACGCCCCACCACAUUUAUGGAAAGAGCGUGUGCACCGAAAUGAGGUAUCUGCAAUCAGCCCGGAGCGCUGUCGAGAGCUCUCUAGGGCCAACAAGUCCAGAACGAGUGUUGCGAAUUGUGCUGGCGGGAGUCGCGAGCCUUCCGACACGGCCCACAGUCGCGCCUCGCUGUCACAACUGCACUCUAGCAGAUGCCCUUGAACGUUUGGGCCCCCUCGCACGCCGCGCCGCGCUGACGUCGACGGUGCCGCAAGCCCCUGGUGGCAGCAGGCACAGCACUAGCACCAUCUUCAGCACCGCCUGCGGGCUCGGUGCGUUCUCACGCCCAGGCGUGCCCCUCGCAUCAACCUCGGCAAAGAGCCAGCCUUCAGCCCACCUAGCGGCUUCCAUGCCCGCACCUCAGCUGCAUGUCGGCCCCGCUGCCGGCCCCAGGGCAGCCGCCGUACUGCCGGCGGCGCCGUACGCUGCGGCGCCGUGCGCUGCAGCACCCGCCUUUGCGGCGGCGGCGACAGCCGCACGUGUCGACGCCGGCAGUGGCCGCGCGGGCCCAGGGCUCUGGCUGCGGGCGACGUCAGCUUUGGGCACCGUGCGUGGAUCCUCACCUGUAACGCCGUGCGCGGCACUGGCGGCGCCUGGGGCGCGUGUGGGCGGCACGAGCUGGGGUGGCGGUAGUUGCGCGGCAGGGGUGGUUGAAGGCAGCCGUGGCGGCGGCAGCUUUGUCAGGCGGGCCCUCACGCUGCAAGCAUGGGCGCCGGGAGCCAUGUUGGUUGGGGGUAGCAGCAUUGGCAGCAGCAGCGGCACUGGCAGCAGCAGCAGCGGCAAUGGCAGCAGCAGUAGCAGCAUGAGCGCAACAGGCUGUAGCUUCAGGAGCAGCCAUGUGGGUGCUGCCUCGUCAGGUCGCCCAGUGGUGGUCGGGCGCCGGCAUUUCGGGAGUGGCAGUAGAAACAACGGCAGUAGCGGCAGUAGCGACAACACUGACAGCGGCCUGAGCCCUCCUGCGGCCGGGGGCAUGGAAAGCGGCGGCGGCAGUAGCACCGACGCCGGCAGCAGUAGCACCAUUAGCACAACCAGCAGCAGUGCCGCUACAAGGGGCGGCGCCGGAGGCGCCGCCAGCGCCGCUGGCAGCAGUAGCCGCCCGCACCGGCAGCAGCACCACCGCCAGCCGGGGGAGGUGGUUGGUGCGCACGUACGGCGGCAGUUGGCGCCCGCCGCCGCCCUGGAUCCGGUCGGCGCGCAGGACGACGAACAGCGCCGCCCGCCACGUGCGCACGGCGGCGGUACGGCGGCUGCCGGGCACGGCGCUGCUACAGCCGGGGAGGCCCUGAAGGCUGUAGCGGCUACUGCUGACGGCGCUGCGACCGGUGCGGCCGGGAGUGGGCCUGCAAGGAGCCCGGAGGAGCGGGCACGGGCGGCUUCGGCAGCGGAGGCCGAGGCGGCGGAGGCGGAGGCGGCACGGGCGGGGCUGGCGCCGCUGGAUGCGGUGCGGCCCCCUGCGCCGCCGCCGCGGUCCGGCCCUGCCGCAGGCGGCUGCUGCGGUGGCAUAGCUGCCGUAGUGGAUGCAGCAGGGGAAGCAGCGGCGGCGGCGGCGGCGGCGGCGGCGGCGGCGGCGGAGUCGUACGCGCGCCGCUUUAGCGGCGGCGUCAGCGUCGCGCGCGGAGGCGGCGGCGGCGCCGCCGCCGGUGCCGCGAUGGAGUCUGUUGCCGGCAGCGUCAGCAUGGACGAUGCCGGUGGCGGCGGCGGCGCCGCCUCGCCUGGCACGCAUGGCGGCGGUUGGGAUGUGCGGCUUUUGAAUGGCCUGACGGCCAACCACGUGGCGGGUACGGCAGCUGUGGCGGCGGCGUUGCCGUGCGGUACGGCUGGGUACGGCAGUCGGGCGGAGGUGGUGGCGCGGCUGCCGGCGUCAAUCAUGCUGCUGCGGCACGCGGAGUGCAUGACGCUGGACGCGCUGCAGGCGCACGAGCGGGUGCCCAACCACGACAUCCCCCUGUCACCCGAGGGGGAGGCCCAGGCUCGGCUGCUGGGGCGGCGGCUGCGGCCGCUGCUUGCGGCUGCGGGCAUGCACCUGUUCAUGUACACCUCGCCCUUCCUGCGCUGCUCCGAAACCACCCGCCUCAUCGCGGAGGAGCUGGGUCCGGGCCUGCUGUCCGGCUGCCGGGAGGCGGUGCAGCUGCGGGAACAGGACUGGGGCAACUUCCAGGACCCAAAAGUGCAGGAGUUGUGCAAGGAGGAGCGGCUGCGUUACGGCCGCUUCUACUACCGCUUCCCCGCCGGCGAGAGUGUGGCUGACGUGUACGACCGCCUCACGUUGUUCCAGGACCACCUGGUGCGGGACAUGUGCGCCGGCAGGUUCCAAGAAAACACGUGUGUGGCCAUUGUGAGCCACGGCCUCACACUGCGCGCCUUCGCCAUGCGCUGGCUCCACUGGACCGUACGGCAAUUCCUGGAGGUGUACAACAUCCCCAACGCCGAACCCGUACUACUGCACAAGGAGGUGGACCCCGCCUACCUGGCCGGCGACAACGCCGCCCUGCCCUUCAUGCCGCACCACACCAAGUGCCUCUACCGCCUCACGCCGCGCGCCCUGGAGCUGCUGCGUGGCGCCGACGUCAGCAUGGCCACCUCCAGCGGCUGCUGGCAGGGCGCAAUCCUGAAGCCACCGCCGCCGCGUCCGCAAGGGCUGGUGCUGCGGCGCGAGGGCGAUGGCCAGCAGGGGUCAGCGGCGGUGGGCCCGGAGGCAGCGGCGGCGGAGGCGGCGGCGCGCGCGGCGGUGGAGGCGGCGGAGCGGCGGCUGUGGGAGGAUGUGGACGGCAUGGUGGCGUCGGAGUGACAGCUGAGGGUAGGUAGUCGGCUGUUGAUGCAGCGGCGUGGAGCGAGAGGGGAAGCGAGGGGAGUGGUUGGAGAGAGCUGCAUGGGACGCAUUCAUAUGGGGGCAUUCAAGCAGGGCACCGUAGCGCGCGCUCUUGGCUCCGGGACUGCGUGCAUGUUGAGGCAAGGAAGCGUUGCCUAUCCGCAAUCUGGUGGUGAUUAUUGGCUGACCAUGUGUGCUGGUGGAGCGGGAUUGGUGGCUUGGCUUGUUUGACGGAGCGCUACCUGCUGUGGCGCGAAUAAAGUGCGCUGCUGUCAAGCCAGCUGUUAUGCUACUUGCGCUAGACUUGGGCCGCUUUGGCAGUCAGUAGCUGAAAGGCCUGCCGUCAAGAAUGGCAAUAAGACACGAACAGCCCAGCCAUGCAGCGCUGGGGCGGCCCUAUGGAGCCAGAACAUUUCGGCCUGGGGUCGUCCUGUAAUACUGGUAACAU